AUGGACGAUUGGCAAGAAGCAGCUUUCACAUCGAGACAUGUUCACAACAGAGCAAGCAAGUCAAACAAAGGGGGCGGACGAGGACGACGCGGUGGGGCCUUCGAAGUCAAGAGAGCAUUUGGCAGAUACGACAUCAAGUGCCCGAGCGCGACCAAAGUGAGAGGAUCCAUAUCCGAGGAGAAAAACGGGAAGCCUGCUAGUCCUUCAAUGGAUAUCUUUCGGCUCUCGGAAGAUGGCAGGGGGCUAUUGGGACAGCUGAGCUUGCCUGGGGUGCUGGAUGCCAGCGUUAUUCUUACCGGGAGCAGAAAGGUUCUCGAAGACCUGAUAUCGCAAUUUGAAGGGAGCGAUGAAGAGGCUGAAGCCUCUGAUGGUUCCGAUGAGGAUGAUAGCUCGAUCUCGGAGCACAAGAUCAGCGAGGCUGAGAGGAAAGCAGACGACAUCGAUAAGCAGAAAGAGGAAGCUGACGAAGGAUUAGAAGAAGAAGAGGAGGACGAGGAGGAGAGCGAGGUGGGGGAGAAGAAGCGGUUCAAAAACUUUGAGAAAAACAGCUUCCGCUCUCCAAAAUUCUGGUUCCAAUGGAAUGGAGACGUUACAGCUACCUCGACCUCCUCCCCGGAUCAUCAGACGUCGCCGACGCUAAACCGGGAGACUGGAAGAGGCUAUAUCGUGUUCUCUGGAAAUGACUGCCGCUCUUGGAAGGGGACGAUUAGCUGCGAUUCUCUUGGCUGGAAGGACGUCUCAAUAUCUGGGUGGAAGGAGGUGUCCAUGAGCGAGAGGGAUGUUACCUUUAUCUGGAAGUAA